GAUUUCCUGCCCACCACUAGACAGGAGUGAGGGACAAAUAUAGCAGAUGGAUGUUUGGGAUUGCUAGUGGAAAUUGUUAAAUAAAGUACACCGGGUAAAAUGGGUCAGCAAUCAAGCAAGACAAAUAUUAAUUCGCACAGGAGUCUUGCUAAUGAUGAAGAAAAAGCCCUUCUGUCUUAUUUUAAGACUAUUUGUAAAGGAAAGAAACAUGCAAAUAGAGAAGACUUAAAGUCAGCAUGGAGUGAAGGUGUAGAUGCACAUCUCUCGCAAACACUUCUGAAUUAUUUGUUUGAAGAUAAUUCAGAUGUAAAUUUUGAAAAGUUUUUAGAGCCUCUUCUGUAUGUAACAAGAGGGAGUGAAGAUGAGAAAAUAACUGCUGUUUAUAAAAUGCUUUCAGCAGGAAGCAAAGAAAUUAAACUGUCGGCAAUACAUGAGUAUGUGGAACACAUUUUUACAUCAUAUAUGGAAACAUACAGAAGCAAGAAAACAAGAAGCUUCGAAUCUUGGAAAGUGGGCCAGAACAUAAUUAUACAGUCAGAUCAGCUCCAGGCACUAGUGAAACAUCUGUGUAAAGAUUUGCCUGUGUGCAGUGAGGUCUCUCUUUCGGAUUUGACUACUUGGGUGACAUCAUGGAAUUUGUUGUUCACUAUUCUGCAGAAAGUAGUUUUUAAUAAGAUAUACAAUAUUCUAGACGAAGAUACAAUGGAAAGGUACAACACAAUUCCAUUUUGGAACAGGAUCAUAAGUGAUAAGUCCCCAUCAGUACUGUCAUGGCCAAGCAUUGUCUUCUUGAAUGCUGGACUUCCUUCCAAGCUUCAGAGUGAGUGGAGGCUACUGUUCUCGACUGUUGCGCAUGGUGAAAGUUUCUCAAAACUUAUUGGCUGCAUAAUGAACAAGGGACCUACAAUUGUCAUUGUCAGAGAUAGAGAUGGGCAUGUUUUCGGAGGUUUUGCACCCAGCAGUUGGACCCUAAGCCCAAAUUAUGUUGGUGACGAUAGCAGUUUCUUGUUCAGUAUAUUGCCAGUGAUGGAGAGGUUUGAGCCUACGGGCUACAAUGAUCAUUAUCAGUACCUUAAUGUCCAGCAACAGACUUUGCCAAAUGGUCUAUUUUCCAGUGAGCAGAAGACUCCCAGAUUCUCUACAACUAAUUUAGAAGGAACAGAGGGAAUGGGUGGACAACAUAAUUAUUUUGGAUUUUGGCUUGAUGCUGAAUUUGGAAGUGGUCACUGUAGUGAAACAUGCACAACUUACAGAAAUUAUCAUAUGCUCUCUGCUCAAAAAUGCUUUCAAAUAGAGCACGUAGAAGCCUGGGGAGUAGGCCCAGAACCAGAAGUGGAGGAAGAGUCCAAAGGGCGGAGUGUUCUAGACACACAAACAGAAGCUCGUGCAGUUAUGGAAAUGGCAGGAAAAGUACAGUACAGUGAUGGUUAUCGUGAGCCUGAAGAAGACUAAGGCAGAAACUAGUUUAAUAUCUAUUGUAUUUAUACCCUGAAACUGUAGUUACCAUUAUUGUCAGUUUACUUUCAUAUGAAAUGUGAUUCUAUUGUGAUGAAGGAAUGGAACAAUUUUAGUAUUUUUAUUAUUACUAUCAUCAUCUGCCAUAAAGGAACAAAUGCAGCAACAAUGACACAUUUCAGCUUUUCAAAGUGCUUCUUCUUAACAUGAUAGUUAUAUAAGCUAGUUGAAUAGUACUACAAAAAUGUUGGGAAGAAAAGGAAUAAUCACACCAAAUCAUGGUGUAAGAAAAGAAUUUUGGACUUUAAAGUAAUUAUGCUGUUCCAUCCUACCAACAGUUGCAUGUCUUGCCUUCUACUGCUAGUUAAUGCUUGUCUACUAUGUUGUUCUGUCAAGGUAACAGCUUACUGUUUGCAUAUAUGCGUUUUGCUGCUGCGUACCCUCUUAUUUGAGAAGUAGGUAAGUCGUAUAUCUUCUGUUUCAUCUAGUCUUCAUAUUCAUUUUUUAAUUUUAUAGUUAGCUCUCAUGGUUUCAUUCCAUCAUCAUUAUAGACCGACAAAUACCUUUUCUAUGAAAAGCUUUAGAAACAAGUAAAAUCAUUAUUUUUAAAAUCUGAGUGGUUCAGAUUUUGUAUCUUUUUUCACAAGUUAAUUGCAUUUAUACCUUGUAAUGGUUUCUCACAUUCAGUGUAUGGAAAAGCGUGAAUCUGGAAGAUAAGUGCACAAAUGAUGGCAAACAUAAUGUUGUUGUAAUUUUAUAUAAAUUUUUAGGUGGUUUCAGAGUUUGGUGCUGUAAUCGGUGGCUAAUGUAAUUGGGUUAGAGUUGGUUUUUUUAUUAGUACAAAAAUUGUAUUUCUGAAGUAUUAACAACUGUCAAUAUUUAUACUUGAAAAACUUUCUUAAAAAAUAAAGAAAAGCUAUUUAUUUACUCUG